CGGGAGCGCAACUUAUAGCCCGGUGCGCGGUGGCCCGGGCGCAGUCUGCUCCCGCAGCCUCUGAGCGAGUGCUACGGCGGAGGCGCUGCAGAGACCCAGAGCAGACGCCAGGCGGCCGCCGGCUCUCACACCGCAGCCUCGAUCCCUCCCCCCCAGCUCGCAGCCCGCCUUCCUCCGCGGCGCGGCCGCCGCAGGCUCACUCUCCCCUGGCUAGGCGAGCGCCGGCAGACUCUCGGCCCGGCCGGGGCGCCAGGUCCGCAGCUGCAGAUCCGGAGGCCGAGGCGAGCUGCCUGCCAGAGCCGAUCCGGGAGCCACUACCCCCGGCGCUACCGCCUCUCCUCCCGGCACUCCUUUCUCCCGGCUGAUCGCCGCCUCUUCCUGGGACUGAGACGCCCUCCGUCGGCUCCCUGCGGGUGACCGAGGCAAGAACCCCAGCCGGUUGUGUGCGGAGGCCAGUCGCCUACUGCUGCGCUGAAGCAAAAUGUCAGUCAGUGUGCACGAGAACCGCAAGUCCAGGGCCAGCAGUGGCUCCAUCAAUAUCUACCUGUUCCAUAAAUCUUCCUAUGCGGACAGUGUCCUCACUCACUUGAACCUUCUGCGCCAGCAGCGGCUCUUCACAGAUGUCCUUCUCCAUGCGGGGAACAGGACCUUCCCUUGCCACCGGGCGGUGCUGGCUGCCUGCAGCCGCUACUUUGAAGCCAUGUUCAGUGGUGGUCUGAAAGAGAGCCAGGACAGCGAAGUCAACUUCGACAACUCCAUCCACCCAGAAGUCUUAGAGCUGCUUCUCGACUACGCGUACUCGUCCAGGGUCAUCAUCAAUGAAGAAAAUGCUGAGUCGCUCCUGGAAGCCGGCGACAUGCUGGAGUUUCAGGACAUCAGAGACGCGUGUGCGGAGUUUCUGGAAAAGAACCUGCAUCCCACCAACUGCCUGGGCAUGCUGCUGCUGUCCGACGCCCACCAGUGCACCAAGCUGUAUGAACUCUCCUGGAGAAUGUGUCUCAGCAACUUCCAAACCAUCCGGAAGAACGAAGAUUUCCUCCAGCUGCCCCAGGACAUGGUCGUGCAGCUCCUGUCCAGUGAAGAGCUGGAGACAGAAGAUGAAAGGCUCGUCUAUGAGUCGGCCAUGAACUGGAUUAGCUAUGACCUGAAGAAGCGCUACUGUUACCUCCCAGAGCUGUUGCAGACCGUGAGGCUGGCCCUCCUUCCUGCCAUCUAUCUCAUGGAGAACGUGGCGAUGGAAGAACUCAUCACCAAGCAGAGGAAGAGUAAGGAGAUUGUGGAGGAGGCCAUUCGGUGCAAACUGAAAAUCUUGCAGAACGAUGGCGUGGUGACCAGCCUCUGUGCCCGCCCUCGGAAAACCGGCCAUGCCCUCUUCCUCCUGGGAGGACAGACUUUCAUGUGUGACAAACUGUACUUGGUAGACCAGAAGGCUAAAGAAAUCAUUCCCAAGGCUGACAUUCCCAGCCCCAGGAAAGAGUUCAGUGCGUGUGCAAUUGGCUGCAAAGUGUACAUUACUGGGGGGCGGGGCUCUGAAAAUGGAGUCUCAAAAGAUGUCUGGGUUUAUGAUACCCUACAUGAGGAGUGGUCCAAGGCUGCCCCCAUGCUGGUGGCCAGGUUCGGUCAUGGAUCUGCUGAACUGAAGCAUUGCCUGUAUGUGGUCGGUGGGCAUACAGCAGCAACGGGCUGCCUCCCAGCCUCCCCCUCAGUCUCUCUAAAGCAAGUAGAACAUUAUGACCCCACGACCAACAAGUGGACCAUGGUCGCCCCACUCCGAGAAGGCGUCAGCAAUGCUGCUGUAGUGAGUGCCAAACUCAAGCUGUUUGCUUUCGGGGGUACCAGUGUAAGCCAUGACAAGCUUCCCAAAGUUCAGUGUUACGAUCAGUGUGAGAACAGGUGGACAGUACCGGCCACCUGUCCCCAGCCCUGGCGCUACACAGCAGCAGCUGUGCUGGGGAACCAGAUUUUUAUUAUGGGUGGAGAUACAGAGUUCUCUGCCUGCUCUGCUUACAAAUUCAACAGUGAGACUUACCAGUGGACCAAGGUGGGAGACGUGACGGCCAAGCGCAUGAGCUGCCACGCUGUGGCCUCCGGGAACAAGCUUUAUGUCGUCGGAGGGUACUUCGGCAUUCAGCGCUGCAAGACUUUGGACUGUUACGAUCCGACUUUAGAUGUGUGGAACAGCAUAACCACGGUCCCGUACUCACUGAUUCCUACUGCGUUUGUCAGCACCUGGAAACAUCUGCCUUCUUAAUGCAGAACAUCCUAAAGAAAGCACGCAUGAGCUCACCCCGACACACGGUGAGACGAUGUGAGGUUUCUGCUGUGGAGAAGCCAAGUUUAAUGAAGAGAAAGAAACCCAGGAGAAGUUGCUACAAGACUCCUCAAAUACCAUCGGCUGCACCUUGUGAACACUCUUUUAAGUGGACAUGAAGGAAGGGGUGGGGGAGGGGGGUGGGAUUUUUCCAAUGCCAGUAGCACAUGGUUUAAAUAUGAAUGACAGAGCUUGUGAUCUAGUCCUUGUCUGGUAAUUGUGGAUUAAUGUCAGCGUUAAUCAGCCCCUCAGAGGGAGAGAAAAGCUGGCCUUUUCCCUUGCUGUAGCUCAUUCAGCGUUUGAUUUCCAUGGCUCCACCGUUUAUAUGCAGGAUUUGAAAUGGUUGUCAGCUUCCUCCGAGGACUGAGCUUGAAGCCUCCAUGGCCAGCUGCUGUUGGAGACGCAAAGCCAAGCGUGGGUCAGGAGGGAAGCUGGCCUGGCCGACGGAAGAAUGGGCACCCCAGGACUCUCCACUCAUCUCAAAGGGGUUGCGGUCCCCCGGGAACGCCUCUGAACAAUGGGGACAUUGUUGGUAGCCGAUUGGUAGAUGCUCUUUGCUAUUUAUAAGUGACUUUAAACCUUCUCUUGGCUGUUAAGAAAUGUGUUCUAGAUUUAGCUAUUUAUUGUUUGCGGCCUGCAUGCUGAAACAGUGCUUACGUUGUCUUCACGUGUAUGGGCGUGUGUGGAUGGUCGUAUGUUUUGCACAUUUUGUAGCUGUUGACGUGCUUUGCUGCACAAAAAGAAAAAAAAUGAAAACUUUGGGGCUAUAAUUUGGAGGAUAAGUAGAGGGUGGGUGGGGGAGGGGUGCAUUUUUGAAAUGUCGGGACGGAGACAGAUUCCAAGAUGGAAACUUAAAUUACAUCCCAGAAGCAGAGAAACCACAAAGUCACCGUAACUAGACCACCCUUUACUGAGGUUCAUGGUCACACUGAUGGCGGGUCUCCUAAGAGCAGGGUAUUGGUCUGUCCUCCUUCCUCCUGUCUGUCUGACUUACCUAACUUUGGUCUCGGCUGCUGACACUUGGAAAGGACCAAAUUACUUUAUAGUAUUUCCCCGUUUGUGUAAUAUCCUGAAACCCUGGGAGGUUCUGCAGAAUCGUUCUGUAUAUAGGGCACAGGUGAAGACAUUGUCUAAAGUUUAUUUAUUUAUCUAUUUAUUUACUCUAGGUGAAUAACAACACCAAUGGGGAAAAACUAAAAUGUGUCAGAUGUAAACAAAUCCACUGACCACAUUGCUUGGCCUGCGCGUGGCUCUUGGACCUUGAUUGGAGAGUGCUCGAGACUCUCCCAGAAAAACAUCCAUUUUGAUACAAAGUACACUUUCGUGUUCACCCUUAGAUACAUGUUGAAAGAGCUCUUUGGUACACAGAAGUGAUGUUUGGUCACACUUUGGUGCCAAGGAUUGUAAACGGUGGCCUGUGGAGAGGUCUUCCCGUCCUGUUGGAUCAAUUGUGAAUACAUUCUUUGCUCGUCUGAGUGCUUGUUUACUAAACGUGUUAGUGCUAGACCACAGUGAGCCCCCCGGGGUGUCUGGGGGAGACCAGAACUUGCAACUCUGCCUGCUUGAUCCAUAUUUCUCACAGUGCUGUAUUUAAAAAAAAAUAGGAUUUAAGACGGAUAACCACCUUUACGUUGUGAGUGUGUUUGCCUUGUCUAAUGACAGAUAAUUCCAUAACAUUUCUCUCCACCUUAGUACUUUAGGUUAAUUGUACAUGUCUGUCUGUGCCAUGAGUAAGUGGACUGUAGUCGGACCAAAAUAAAACAAAUGAGCCGUUGGAAUGAAAGCUUCCAGAUCGUUCCAGCAGUCAGUUUCUGGUCCCUAGAUAUAUUUCUAAGCAGUGUAAGUGUCUGAUUGGACCCUGGUGGCCUGAUCAGUCUCCGCCCUUUAGCUGUCCCAGCUCCGUAGGUAGUUUACGAUGCAAAUCUGUCUCAAGAUCUGCACGUCACUGCUGCUUCUGAGAGCAGGAAGAAUUUUCUGCAGCUGUUUCAAAGUUGUGGCCUGUCCUUGAAUCUUCUAUUAAUUACUGUGUGAGCCAGAGGGGGCUGCACCGCAAGGGUGGGCCCUGGCUGGCAAGGGGGACCUUUCUAGACUCCAGCUCUUUUAAUUGAUGUGGCCAUUUGGGCUUGCUACUUGACGGUCCUCACCCUGUGAACCGUCCCACACUUUGAAGCCAAUACGAUUCACAGCACAGUCCACACAAAAACCCUGGCGCAAGACGGGGGAGGUUCCUCUCAUUUGGUGAGCUGGUUGCCGUGGAAACGGAUAACAAAGGUCAGCCUUCCACUUCUGGUAUAAUGGUGGGGCCCCUUUUCUCAGGCUUGACACCUGUCUGAGUGAGAGUGAUGAGGGCCGGAUAAAACCCCUGUCUUGGCUGUUGACUAUGUGGUUCACGUACCAAACCCUGUAGAAGUUAGAAAAUGUUGGUGUUUGUAUGUUCUCGUUUGCUACUACUACACUUUUGACGUUUUGUAAAACUGUUAUUUUUUUUUUCACGAUGUGAAACUGAAGGUCAAUAAAUUAUUAGAGAUUUUCUCUUCA